AAAGAUAUUUUCUCUCAAAAGAUAUAUAUUAUAAACAAAAAAAGGGAAAGAAUACAAUGAUACUCGCCUUCGGGCUCCGGCUGUUUCGUCGCCUGCAGAUCGGACGAAGAAAAAGGUGAAGAGAAGUUUUCCGAUGGCCCCUGCCGCUGCUUCUAGCCAGCGACUGACGAGCCGCAGGAUCUCCUACUACGCCUCUCUCAUUUACUUCGUUAUCAUCAUCUUCCAGGUACCUCUCUUCAGGGUUCCAUGCAGAUCAGGGAUGUGUACAACACCAAUACAGGUGACUUCUUCUCAAUUGAUUGCAAAUGAGAUAUUCCCUCCAGCUGUUGUGAAGGCUCUACUCUAUCCUGGAGCUGUAGCCAGUUCUCUCGUCACAAACAUGACUCUUCCAAGCUGGAGCAAUCUGCUUCAUAUGUACAACCUUACAGAAGCCAAAAAUGCUUCGGCGCUGCUUGAUCUCCAGCGUCUAGAGAUUCUUGCUGGAAGCUACUUCUGUGUUGCUGGAGCACUGGUUGGCGUAGUGAAUCCAGGGAGGAUGACUUUAUUUGGGACCCUUUUGGUCGUUUGGGGCCUAGUGAAAGAAGGAAUUCUUGGGAAGCCAGCGAACACAGAUCCCGCAAAAGCUGUUUAUGUCUACCCAACUAUUCUGAUUGCACUCGUUUGUGCCUUCUCAUCUAUAACAUACAGUAUAAAGAAGGCAGCUAGGAGUACUCAACCUGUUUCUGUAGCGAAACCACUGAAAAGUUCGGCCAAGUCCAAACUGAAAUAGUUGCUUCAUGGUGACUCACGGUCUCUUCCCUCUUGCUAGUUAAUCGUUUCGUCUCCUCUUUUCUUCCUGGCUUGGAAAUUUAUUACUGGAGGUUUUACAGUAUAAAUCAUGACUAUCUAUGGUGCACUGCAUGCAAUUUUUGUAACAUAGUUCCUGCACAUCUCUGAUUUGAUUUUAUCGUCUCAAACAUUACACUGCAAGUGCCUGUUGAUCUCGGAUUAAAUGGGAAUAUAUUGCAUGAUGGUGGGGCUCCUUUCUAAGUGAAAGGAACUUUUCUUACACAGUUGAUUGGGUUUCACUUUUUGUCUUUUUUGCUCUAAGACAAAAUAAUGUUCACCAUUUGCUUGUCCAAUUGUGCCUUCUCCAGCGAUGAGAAUGGCAAAGCAUGUGCCUGUUUUAUAUCAAUUAUUGGGCUACUUUGGUACUGAAACAAACUUAUCAUGUGAAAUUUGUCGGAUUGGAAA